CAAAUGAUAGUAUUGUGCCAUCCUAAACCGCAUGGCAGCAGAAAAUGUACACAAGAUGAGAGAGGCCGCAGUAGGAGCCGCAGCCGCAGUCAUAGUCACAGUCGCAACACAUAUAGAGGCCAGCAGUGGCGUCUAGAACGAGGUCGACAGCAGCAUUUAACUGAUAAUCUGCCCGCACGAUCAAGAAGCAGGAGCCAGGCCUCAUACAGAAGUAACAGUCCAGUUCCAUCGCUGCUUUCUGCACCAUUUGUUCCACCCCGGGGCAGAAGUCUGCUGCGUCAAAAUUAUUCAUUUUGCAGUCAGAAACCAACUUUUGUGCAGCGUAUGGGGUGGCGAAAUGGAUUGGGAGUCAACAUACGAAAACACAGUCUGGGUUUUUCUGCUUCCAGUACAUCAGUCCUUCGGCCAACAACAUCUUUACAGCUGUUGCAGCUAGCAAAGAAGAGAGUGCAAAUUGCAAAAAAUAUACUAAAUGCUAGACACCAGUCAUACCUCAAACAGCUGCAACAGUACAGACGUGAAGUGUUAGAAGAUUCCUUUCAGAUGCCACCCUACAGAGUGGAGAAUAUGCAAGAGUUUCCAGCCUUGUUUUCUGAAAUCGAGGAUUGUAACAGGAUUUCACAUAACCGUAUAGGCAGGCAACGAGUUAACACAAAAAAGUACCCAGAAGGAACACUGAGUGUUACGUUUGAAAAUGAACUGGCAAACUCCCAGACUUGCACACGUACAGUUGAAAAUGGUUCCAUCCCACUGGGUUUCAAGCCAUCAGAAGCCCUAACUGUACCUCCACAAACAAUGGUUAAUGGCUAUAUAGUUAGAAAUCCAUCUUUAGGAAAAGUUACUAAUGAUGAUGGUGUAUAUGUGUCAAAUGAAAAUGUCAGACAGACAGGUACAAAUGACUCAUUACCAGUACUUGUAUCAAGUUCAGACUUUCCCCAACUGAUUCACAGACAUAAUGAAUGUAACAUGGAUAAAAAGAGGACCAUACAUCCAGCAAACACAGUUCAAACACUAAAUCAGCGAUUUAGUAAUUACAGAGUGGUGUGCUUGUAAUAAAUUUUUGUUCAGUGAUGAGUGUGUAGUUAGAUACAGUGUUAUAUAUCAAGUGCCAUUUUGUAUAGAAGCCUUCCACCCUAUUCACCUGUAUUGCAGUUGUCAUAACUGGUCAGCAGUAUAUCUGUUUCUUAUUGUUGUAAUUAGCAAAAGCAAUAUUGUGUUCUUAACAUGAUUGUCAUUUCAUAGCUAGCUCAUUAGCUAGGACUUUGUCAUCAUAAUUUGAAAUCCAUUUCCUGAAUGGACCUGUUUACAAAGGCUGUUUAUGUAUAAGUUAAGUUAUCCCUGGAAUUUUCUUACAUUGAGAGAUUUGUUUUGACAGAAAUACCAAAUACAGUUAACAGAAUUUGAAAGUCUGCCUGGGAGAUGCCAUUUGAUUUAAACGUUUUACUUUAAUUUAGUCCACACACGCGACAAGGGCCUGUAAACUACUGAGAUGGCUAACCUCAGAAUAGUUGGAAUGAGCUACCAGUAGUCCGCAUUCCACUUGUUGACAUUCCAGCUCUCCUUAGCUGGAAAAAAAAAAGAAAAAAAAACCUUGCACUUAAUAUUGAGAGAUAG